UAAUUAAAUUUCAAUAUGUCGCUCGCGAGUUUAUUGCCAACACCCGUUCAAUCGUUUAGAACGACAGAAAAUAUUAUAGACAUACCAGAAAAAUCCUUAGUUCAAAUUCAAUAUGGACCUCCACCUUAUUUACACAGAAACAAUUAUAUUCCUCGGCAUUCAGAGGAUUAUGGAGAUGGUGGAGCUUUUCCUGAAAUACAAAUGGCACAAUUCCCUCUUGAAAUGGGAAAAACAAAAGUUGAUAUUUCAAGAUCAAAGGUUCUUCCCUUGCAAGUUGAUGCUGCAGGAAAAAUACAGUAUGAUGCUAUUGUUAAACAUGGACAUCAUAAAGACAAAAUUGUUAAAUCAAAGUAUGAAGAUUUAUUGCCAAAACCAAUUGAAGAAGAGGAAAAUUUUCAAUUGCCCAAGGAAGACAUGAUUGCAGAGACCACAGAAAAGACAAGACAGGCAUUGGAAAAAUUAGUUUCAGGAAAAAUAGCGGCCGCCAUGCCAGUCAGAGCAGCUGAUCAAAGAGCCCCUGCCAAAUAUAUUAGGUACACCGCAUCUCAACAAAAUACCAGCUUUAAUUCUGGAGCCAAACAAAGAAUAGUGAGGAUGAUGGAUAUGCCCAAAGACCCACUAUCACCUCCCAGAUUCAACGUUAACAAAAAAAUUCCCAGAGGAGCUGGUUCACCUCCUGCCCCGGUUCUUCAUUCCCCUACUCGAAAGGUCACAGUCAAAGAACAACAAGACUGGAAAAUUCCUCCUUGUAUUUCCAACUGGAAAAAUGCUAAGGGCUAUACCAUACCUCUAGACAAAAGACUGGCCGCAGAUGGUAGAGGUCUACAAGAGGUCACAAUCAACGAAAAUUUCGCGAAAUUAGCCGAAGCUUUGUAUAUAGCUGAUAGGAAGGCGCGUGAGGCUGUCGAGAUGCGAGCUCAAAUGGAACGCAAACUAGCUCAAAAAGAGAAGGAGAAAAAGGAAGAACAUCUGAGACUCUUAGCUCAAAGAGCGAGGGAGGCCCGUGCCGGUAUCAAGCAAACUAUCACCGAGCAUCUGGGAGCAAACAAAACGGCCGGGGGAGCUAACAGGGAAGGAGAUACAGACAAAUCGGAAUUUCUGGAACGCGAACAGCUAAGGCAGGAUAGACACAGGGACAGGCAAAGAGAACGAAAUCUCGCCAAGGCUGCGCCCGAUAGAAAGGGCAAGAUGGAGAAGGAGAGAGAUAUCAGUGAAAAAAUAGCUCUGGGAGUGCCUAACCCUGGGUUUAACAAACAAGGAGACAUUUUAGACUCUCAAUUCGAUCAAAGGCUAUUCAACCAGUCCAAGGGGAUGGACUCUGGAUUUACAGCUGACGACGCUUACAACGUCUAUGAUAAACCAUGGCGGGAUACUGCCACGCUCGGCCAUUCCAUAUAUAGACCGUCAAAGGGAGUCGCUGACUCUGACGCCUAUGGGGACGACUUUGAUGCGCUUGUUAAGACCAAUAGAUUUGUUCCCGACAAACCAUUUUCUGGGCUGGAGAGUGGUAGGGAAGACGAACCCGGAACUGUGAACAGACGUCAAGGCCCAGUUCAGUUUGAAAAGCAGAGGAAUACUGAAGAUCCUUUCAAUUUAGACAAAUUUUUGGGUUCUGUCAAGAAGGCAGCAGGGCUGUCUGAAACGCCAUCGUCCAAUUCCCAAAAUUCAGGGAAGAAAAGACUGGCCGGAAAUCAAGCUCCAGAAAGGGGAAACAAAAAAAGAUAAUAAAAUUGUAUUUUUUAAAAAAAAUAUAUCGUCGUUAAAUCUUUAAAUUAAUAAAAAGGACUCUCUUUGAAAUAUAUGUUUUACUUCAUAUUUAUUUAUUUUAAAAAAAAUUUUCAUAUUGUUGAUUAUAUAUAAUGUAAUGGGAAUAUUUAAGGCUAUUUUAAUUGUUAUUCAAUG